ACGCCAGAAGACAACUGAAGACAUCCGAUCCUUUUCUGAAAAUAAAACUGACAGUCCUGCUGGCGACAGCAGCAGCAGCGGGAGCUCACAGCCAGGGGGCGCUACAGCCUCUCAGACUGCUACACCUGAGCCAGUGAGAGUGAAGAAAGAGAGUGAUGAAGACUAUAAGGACCCACAUGAACAUCAGUUCACAGUGGAGUUCAGUUCAGGUGACAAAUACACCAUUAACUGUGAUAAGCCUUGCACAGUGCUGGAGGCCAUAAAAACCUUAAAAAUAUAUAUGAAGAUGAUUAAGGGUCCAGAUGAGAACGUCAUCAUUCAGAUGGGUGCAGGAGAUAAUGAAUCAGUCGUUGCAACACAUUUUCCUUGUUCUUGUAUUGGCGAUCGUGAGGUUCUGACCAUAUCAUGUAAAUCAGAAAAAGUAGAAGAGGCCCAGGUCCAAGACUCCAAAAUGGUACAUCCCAAAGAUUUCUAUUCAGUCUUUUACAUUGACACAAAGGGAGGGCUAAAUGCCAAAAAGAAGAAGCUUGUUAAAAACGGGAAUUUAAAACACUUCAAAUAUCUCUGUGUAUAUGGAGAGAAGGGGAUAACUGUGAAGGAGGCUCUGACGAGAGACGGUCGCUUCAUCGAUAGCCUCGGCUACUUCGAGCUGAUCAACAUCAAUGACAAAUGUAAGACUGAGUGCACAGACAGGAUUGAUAAUCUCAAUGAUAAGAAAUUCAAAAUAUGUCUUCCAAGGCAAUAUAAUAAUUUCACAAAAGAUGUAAAUCAUCAGGCUGAACAUGGGCAGCAGAAACAGCAAAAACCUGAACAUGCAUCAAAUAAUUUACAGCACAAGAAAGAAACCAAAUCAGUCUUAGAUGAAGCACAGCAGAGGGGAAUCAGUGUGAAACAAGCAGUCAAAGAAACAGGCAGCAGCAUUGACCCUAAGGAGGUUUAUAAGCUGCUGUGUGAGCAGUUUCCACGUCUCAAACAAUGGAUGGAGAGCAGAUUCCCUGAUCAUUCUUUCCAGAAAUCACUGAACCUGAGGAAGGAGAACUUUGGAAAGAUCCAGCAGUCUUUUAGUGAAGUUCACAGAGUCAGGGAGCUGCUCCAGCUGGCCGAGUCAGUUUGUCUGUUGCAGGUACACAUAUCUGACUCUUCUGCAGAGCAGGGCACAGGCUUUGUGCUAUUUGAUAAAUUUGUCUUAACCAGUGCCCAUUUAUUUAAACACUGGAUGGACCCAAAAUUACCUAAUUGGUGUGAAUUAGUAAACAUCACUGCUGUCUUUAACUUUGAAACACAGGAAUCAGAGAAGAUGAUGGUAAAAGCCAAGGUGUUUGUUGGUAACAAUGAGUUAGAUUACGCUAUACUUAAGCUGGAAACAGAGAAGGUUCCUCCAGGGCUCCUCAAGAGAUUUGGGCCUCUACCUUCAGAUGGUGAGGCCUGUAUUGUUGGACACCCAGCAGGGGGGGUGAAAAAACUAGAUCCUACCUGUAUCAUCGAGAAAGAGAAACGAGAGGAGGCUGUUAAUAAAAAUUUAGAGAACUACAGAGAUGAUUUCAUUGCAAUCUAUGAACUCGAUCAGGCAAUCAAAAAUGACCCAUAUGAAAAUAUCCGUGUGAAUUACAACACUUUAAUGUAUCACGGCGCUUCUGGCUCUCCAGUUUUCGAUGCUCAUGGGCGAGUGUUUGGUUUGCACACUGGUGGAUUUUUCUAUGGGUUUCCAAAGGCUGAUGAGAGUGUGAUUGAGUACGCUUUUCCUCUGCUCACAAUAUUUGAAAAUUGUGUCGGUAAUCUGAAGAAACGUGGGGAUGAGAAGCUGCUGGAAAGAGUUGAGGAGGAAGCAAAAGGAAACCGAUAAUUAGAAAACAUUAUUGCGUCUGUUAUGGGGCCAAAACAAAGCAGACCUGAGGAGUCAGUGGAGCUUAGUUAG